GGCAACAACGGCUGCCCCCCCGGCACCUUCAGCGUCGCCAUCAGCGCCGACAACAGCAUCAUGACGCUGAUGUUCGACAAUUUCGAGGCCACCAUCGGGCCAAAAGUGCCGAAGGGGAGUAAUAGCAAGUACUGUGCCGUCACGGUGAAGUUGGACGUGCCGGAUAACUGGAGGUAUCGGAUCGACGCGGCGGAUUAUCGAGGGUAUUGUAAUUUGGAGUCGGGGGUGACGGGGACGAUUACGAGUGGGUAUGGGCAUGGGGGGAAGAAUGAUCAGACGCGCUUUUCGAAGUCGUUGAGAGGUCCGCUGUCGGAGGAUUAUCUGCUGCAUAGUGGCAACCAGCGCGGUGCGACGAGCCCAUGUGGCAAGCAGGCGAAUUCAAAGAACAGUGUACGGAUUACAUUGCGGAUCGGGUUGCAGAGUCGGAAUGAACAGGCGCAAGGACUGAUUACCGCGGACUCGGCGGAUCACGUGUUUAAGCAGGAGUUGCCAUUGACGUGGGAAAAAUGUUGA